AAAGAGACUAGAUGCUCCAAAUCCCAAACCACCAAAGUCUCCUCCUCCUUCUCCACCUCCUCCUCCACCUCCUCUGUACCUUCCAACGGACUACUCUGACUUCACUUUUUUUCCUCUCUUUUGCCAGAAGAUUUCCAGGCAGGGAAGAAAGAGCACGGUGGUAGACGACUGAUUGCCAGCCAGGAAGACUGCCUCAUCGGGGAAGCUUGCCAGCUUCUCCUGCUGCUCCAGCUUCUUGGGGCUCCUGACUCUCUGGAUGUUGAGUCCGAUUAUGGGCGAGCAUCAGACCCACAUCAACAGCCUCUUCCUGAAUGAGGAGACAUCUAAGCCACUUGAAUCGGGGAGCCGGGUGCAUCGCUUCCGCCAUGCCCUGGAGAAGCGGGCAGCACAUGCCAGGAAGCAAAUGUACAACAUCACCCGAGAGAGCGUCAAGGGCUUCUUCCAGAGAAAUGCUUUUGUGCUACUCACCAUCUUGGCCGUCCUGCUGGGGAUUACUCUGGCCCUCGCCCUGCGGCCGUAUCGGAUGACCUAUCGCCAGAUCAAGUACUUCUCCUUUCCUGGAGAGCUGUUGAUGCGAAUGCUGCAGAUGUUGGUUCUUCCACUAAUCGUCUCUAGCCUUAUCACAGGCAUGGCAUCCUUGGACAGCAGUGCUUCUGGCAAGAUGGGGUUGCGUGCUGUCGUUUACUAUAUGAUGACAACCAUCAUCGCCGUCUUCAUUGGAAUCUUUAUGGUCCUCGUCAUCCAUCCAGGAAAAGGGAGCAAGAAAGGUCUCCAAGGGGAGAACAAAUAUGACCAGGUCCAUGCAACUGAUGCUUUCAUGGACCUCAUCCGGAAUAUGUUUCCACCCAAUCUUGUAGAAGCCUGCUUUAGACAGUAUAAGACUCAAUACAGUGUCCGGGUUAUCAACAGAACGGUUGUGAGCAACACUUCUUCUGCGGCCAUGUUGCCACAGCACCCAAACCAGGAUACCAACAGCAGCGGUUUCAACUACAAUGCCACCAUGGCCACUUUGCCUCUCCUGCCACUUGAAAAUGCUUUGGGAGUCUGGAAUAAUGUCACUAAAGCUCUAGGGAGCUUCCCGGAAGUGCUGAACUUUGAGGAGGUCAUCCCCGGCCCAGGUUCUGUCAACGGGGUGAACGCCCUUGGCCUCGUUGUCUUCUCCAUCUGCUUUGGCCUGGUGAUUGGCAACAUGAAGCAAAAGGGACACCCCCUGCGGGAGUUUUUUGACUGCCUCAAUGAAGCCAUCUUGCGGAUGGUGGCGGUCAUCAUAUGGUACGCCCCUAUUGGGAUCCUUUUUCUGAUCGCUGGUAAGAUUUUGGAGAUGGAGGACCUGGCAGUGAUGGGAGGCCAAUUAGGCCUAUACACACUCACAGUUAUUGUGGGACUCCUGAUCCAUGGCCUCUGUGUCCUCCCACUCAUCUACUUCAUUGUCACACGCAAAAACCCCUGGAUCUUCAUGGCUGGCCUCCUACAAGCCCUCGUUACGGCCUUGGGAACGUCUUCCAGCUCAGCCACACUCCCUGUCACAUUCCGUUGCCUGGAGGAAAACAACAGGGUGGAUAAACGAGUUACCAGGUUUGUUCUGCCGGUGGGAGCAACUAUCAACAUGGAUGGCACUGCACUUUAUGAAGCUCUGGCAGCCAUCUUCAUUGCCCAGGUCAACAACUACCAGCUUGACUUCGGUCAGAUCAUUACUAUUAGCAUUACUGCCACGGCAGCCAGUAUCGGAGCUGCUGGCAUUCCGCAGGCGGGCCUAGUGACCAUGGUAAUCGUGUUGACGUCUGUCGGAUUGCCAACAGAGGACAUCACUUUGCUUAUGACUGUGGACUGGUUCCUAGACCGUCUCAGAACCACCGUCAAUGUGCUGGGGGAUUCACUGGGUGCUGGUGUUGUAGAGCAUCUGUCUCGCCAUGAGCUGGAGAUGCAGGAUGCUGAGCUCAGCAACUCAGUCCUUGAAGAGAAUGAAAAACCAUACCAUCUAAUAUACCAAGAGAAUGACACCCACAAGCACCUCAACAGUGAGACACCAAUGUGACUUGGAGGAGCGGAGUAUUGUCGGGAUAGGAUCUGUAAAAUGUCACAACUGUGAAGCGCUAGAGAAGCAAGAGCCAGCCACAAUCCUCCCACAAACUCUCAGCAACUUCGUUUUCCCCUGUUCCCUGUCACCAGAAAAUAAGGAAUGUUUUUUCUAGAACGGUGAUUGUGCUCCUACAAUCGUGAUUUGACGAUAAGAGUUCGACCUCGGCUGUCCCGCCUCUUAACCACAGCUGGUAGUAUCCUGCACCAAGUCAACUCCACAUUUCCUUGCCAAGAAGAUAAACUUUGAACAUAUUGUGCUGUGCCAUAAAGACCAACUAAUUUAAAUCUUGUAUUACAAUUUUACCGAUUGUGCUCAUUUUUGAAUUUUUUUUUAGCACUUGAAAAAAAUGCAGCCAAAUAAUAUAUAUAUAUAUACAUACAUAUGAUGCUAUAUUGGUAUGGAAAAUGUUUAUUUAUGAGCAUCAUUAAAGUGGAGAAUUAUGUACA